AUGCGUCACACAGCGCUUCUGCCACUCGUUUCGUCUUUUAUCGUACCUGCUCUGGCGCAAAUCCCAGGUCAGACGACUGUCAAUGCAACCGUCAACCAGGGCCGGUUUGGCAACGCCACGUAUGAUUAUGUGAUCGUCGGCGGCGGUACCUCUGGGUUGGCCAUUGCCGCGCGCCUGGCCGAGGACCCUUCACUCAGUGUUGCCGUCAUUGAGGCUGGAGGAUACUAUGAGCUGGACGGUACCGUUGCCAGCAUCAUCCCUGGCCUUGCAGCAGGAGCCAAUGUCGGCACCGAUGCAACUGAAUAUUCAACGGUGGACUGGAAUUUUCAAGCGCAGCCUCUUACAUCGGCAAAUGACAGGUCUCUUCGUUAUAAUCGUGGGAAGACGCUCGGUGGCUCCUCAGCUAGACAUUAUAUGGUCUACCAACGCGGGACCAGAGGCAGUUACGAUCAAUGGGCGGAACUCACUGGAGAUGAGUCCUGGGGAUGGGACUCCGUGUUUCCGUACUUCCAGAGGAGCGUCAAUGUCACGCCUGCCAACAUGACAGGCCGCUUUCCCAACACCACCGUCACUUAUGACCCGUCCGGCUUCAAUAAGGCUGGCGGUCCGCUUCAUGUUACUUGGCCCAACUACGGGUCCCCGUGGUCUACCUGGAUUGAGCAAGGGCUGGAAGCUAUUGGGAUUCUCCCAGAUACCGAUUUUAACACUGGGACCUUGAACGGCUCAUCCUGGGCCCCAAUCACCAUCAAUCCGCUGAGCCAGAAACGCGACUCGUCAGAAACGAGCUUCCUGCAGCAGUCAUUGAAAACCACUAACCUGACUGUUUACCUACACACAAUGGCCCUUAAGAUUGGCUUCGACGGCACCACUGCCUCCAGCGUCGAUGUGAGAAGCCCUGUGGGAAGGUUCACACUCAGUGCGCGCCGAGAGAUCAUUGUAUCUGCGGGAGCCCUCCAGUCGCCACAGUUACUUAUGGUUUCUGGAAUUGGACCCCGCGAGACCCUGGAACGCCAUGGGAUUCCCGUUGUGAAGGAACUUGCCGGUGUUGGCCAGAAAAUGUGGGAGCAUCCAUUCUUCGGUAUCACUCACCAGGUCAACCUUGUCACCGCAACUGAGUUGGCAAUCAACCAGCAAGCGCUGCUUCAGGCACUGAACCAAUACAAGUCCCAACAAGGACCGCUCACUUCGGCUGGCUUUGGCGUUUUGGGAUGGGAGAAACUUCCCAACAGCACCCUUUCCGACAGCACGAACGAAGCACUGGCUACCUUCCCCUCUGAUUGGCCCACCAUUGAGUAUCUCAGUAUCGACGGUUACCUUAACGGAUGGCAUAGUGCUGCAGACCAGGCAACGGGCAACGGGCAACAAUGGGGUACUAUUGCGGUGGCUCUGGUUGCACCACUCUCUCGAGGAAAUGUCACUAUCUCCAGCUCUGACAUGGAUGACCCCCCUGUGUUCGACCUAGGCUUCCUAACGCAUCCUGCGGACCGAGAGAUUGCUGUCGCGGCGAUGCGGCGUAUCCGGCAAGCGUUUGCAGCUAUCAGCGAAAUUACCAUCGGUGACGAGGUCGUCCCCGGUGCGGAUGUCAGCACGGACGAGGAGCUACUUGACUUCAUCCGCGAGUCUAUCGUUCCGGUCUACCAUGUGGCAGGAACCUGCGCGAUGGGCCGGGAAGAUGAUCCCGAAGCCGUUGUCGAUCCCCAAGCACGGGUGAUCGGAGUCAACAACCUUCGUGUAGUGGACGCGAGUAUCUUCCCAACACUUCCUCCAGGACAUCCGCAGAGCACUUGCUACAUGGUCGCUGAGAAGAUUGCAGACCUUAUCAAGAAAGGAAACUAG